CACAACUCUAUCAAUCGCCCAACAUGGUCCUUACCAAGUACAAGGCCGCAGCGGUUACUUCUGAGCCCUGCUGGUUCGAUCUCGAGGGAGGCGUUCGCAAGACGAUCGACUUCAUCAACGAAGCGGGUCAGGCCGGCUGCAAGCUCGUUGCCUUUCCCGAAGUAUGGAUCCCCGGCUAUCCAUACUGGAUGUGGAAGGUCACCUACCAGCAGUCGCUGCCUAUGCUGAAGAAGUACCGCGAGAACGCGAUGGCCGUUGACUCGGACGAGUUCCGUCGUAUCAGAAGGGCUGCUAGGGACAACCAGAUUUAUGUCUCGCUCGGCUUCGCCGAAAUUGACCACGCCACCCUUUACCUGGCGCAAGCUCUGAUCGAUCCCACUGGCGAGGUCAUCAACCACCGCCGCAAGAUCAAGCCCACCCAUGUCGAGAAGCUCGUCUACGGCGACGGCGCGGGUGACACGUUCAUGUCGGUCACCCCGACCGAGCUCGGUCGCCUCGGUCAGCUUAAUUGCUGGGAGAACAUGAACCCCUUCCUCAAGUCGCUCAACGUCUCGAUGGGCGAACAGAUCCACAUCGCCGCGUGGCCCAUCUAUCCCGGCAAGGAGACGCUCAAGUACCCCGACCCUGCGACCAACGUGGCCGACCCGGCGUCCGACCUCGUGACGCCUGCCUAUGCCAUUGAGACGGGUACCUGGACGCUGGCGCCCUUCCAGCGGUUGAGUGUGGAGGGCCUCAAGAAGAACACGCCCGAGGGAGUCGAACCCGAGACGGACCCGUCGACGUAUAACGGCCAUGCGCGCAUUUACAGGCCGGACGGCACUCUUGUCGUCAAGCCAGACAAGGACUUUGACGGACUGUUGUUUGUCGAUAUCGACCUCAACGAGUGCCACUUGACCAAGGCGCUGGCCGACUUUGCUGGACACUACAUGCGGCCGGACCUGAUUCGUCUCUUGGUUGACACCAGCCGCAAGGAGCUCGUCACCGAGGUGGACCGCAAUGGCGGCAUUGUGCAAUACACGACGCGGGAGCGCUUGGGGUUGAACACGCCGCUUGAGAAUGAUAAGGAGGGAAAGAAGUGA